AUGCUUAAAGAUUACCAAGCAGCAUAUCUCCUUGGGCGGAAAGCUAGGCAGCUUAUUCCUUUGGGCGGAAAACUANAAUUGGACGACCAGCAUUAUGUCCUGUCGUUCCCACAUCCCACCAAGGUCCAGCUCAUCUGUUCAAGACAAGACUACAAUACGCUCCAGGGAAGCUAUCUCAUCACCAUCCCCGUUGGCUGCCACCUGAAAACUGCGGAAUUCACUAUAACAAACGACAAUGAUGAGGUAAAAGGACAGCCUCUCAAACUGACUGAGAUACCAUUUGAUGUAGAAGGACAAGUCAAGAUAUCAUCUCAUAUGAACUUAAACUCGAUCAACCUGCAAGAACUACAUAGUAUACAAGACAAAAUCAUGAUGCAGACUCCGAUCAAGAUCGACGACGCUCAGCUUCACACCCUGUACCACACGACUGUACCGUUUUACAUAGUACUAUUAAGUGCAGUUGCACNCCUUUGGGUGGAAAACUAG